AUGCAAGUUCCCAUUGUCUCCAACGGGGGACAGGACGGGCCGGGAGAUCAAGUUCAGGAUAAGGAGAAGCUGUUCCAGUUGGUUGCUGAUCUGUCGAGGGAGGAGACGAGGGAAGCGGCGCUGCUAGAGCUCUCCAAGAAGAGAGAAGCUUUCCCUGACCUUGCUCCCAUUCUCUGGCAUUCUUUCGGAACGACAGCGACUCUGCUGCAGGAGAUCGUCUGCAUCUACCCCUUGCUCACCCCUCCCCAACUUACCGCACAUGCUUCGAACCGAGUCUGUAACGCUCUCGCCCUGCUUCAGUGUGUGGCAUCACACCAAGAGACGCGGACUCUCUUCCUGAAAGCUCACAUCCCGCUCUUCUUGUACCCCUUCCUCAACACGGUCUCCAAGACUCGCCCGUUCGAGUACCUCAGGCUGACGAGUCUCGGGGUGAUCGGAGCGCUGGUGAAGAUGGACGACUCCGAUGUGAUCAACUUCUUGCUGACGACUGAGAUCAUUCCGCUCUGCCUUCGCAUCAUGGAGACGGGCAGUGAGCUCUCUAAGACGGUUGCAACUUUCAUCGUGCAGAAGAUUCUUCUCGACGACAUGGGGCUGCAGUACAUUUGUGCUACUGCUGAGCGUUUCUUCGCCGUUGCAAACGUGCUGUCGAGCAUGGUGAACGGGCUCACCAAGGAUCCUUCUGUUCGCCUCCUCAAGCACAUCAUCCGAUGCUACUUGAGACUUUCAGAGAACAUGAGGGCACGAGACGCGCUGCGCACAUGCCUGCCAGAGCAACUCAAAGAUCCAGCCUUCACCAACUGCCUUCGCGACGACAACAGCACGCGCCGUUGGUUGUCGCAGCUUCUCUUCACGGUGGGCAAUCCAAACACUCAUGAGGCUCAGGUUGAGUUGUGA